GACCAACCAUUUCCUCAUAUAAUGAAAACCAAACCUCCAUUUCUGUUCAACCUCAACCUCCUCCUCAAUUGUUUUUGAAUCAUGUCUAAACAAUACAUCAAGAAGAAGUCCACUGUUGCACAAACCUGCAAUCAGUUGAGCUUGUUCCUCAAAGACAAACACAAAGGCUGUCUUAGAGAUCUUCAUCUCGGAAUCAACGCCAAAUCUCAUGAUGAUGAUUCAGCAAGGAUGACUAUUGAUUUAUUGAGCAACAUAGAGAAUCCAGAUCAAAAAAACGCGCAAACAGAGAAACUAAUGAAUGUGAAUGCAAAACCAGAUGAUGAUACAGCGAACAAAGCUCAACAAAUGACGAUUUUCUACAAAGGAGAAGUGAUUGUGUUUGAUAAUAUACCAGCCGAUAGAGCGAGAGAUUUGAUGUUAGCAGCCGGAGAUUAUCCUUCGUCUACCGGUAAAACAGAUGCUCAUGAUUACUUGAUAGCAACUUCAACUUUUCCUUAUAACGCACGCGAAUCAGAUCAACCGAUUGAUCAUCUUCGAGUUCAAGCCAACGGUCUGGAUCUACCGAUUGCAAGACGAGCGUCGCUCCACAAGUUUCUAGCCAAACGAAAGGACAGAGCCACCGUACGAGCACCGUAUCCGGCACCGGAAGCCGGACCGUCUAAGCUUGAGCUUAAUUUCGAUCUAAAUAUGUAGAAGUUUGAGUAUUGAUUAACAUGUUUUUACGGACUGCAUCUUGCAGCUGUUUGAAAACGUUUGGUAAUUUUUUUUUACUGAUAGUAAGAAGACUUUUCAUUGUAGCCAUUGAAAACGUUUGGUAAUUUUUUUUUUACUGAUAGUAUUGUAGCUAUAGAUACGUAUGUAUAAUGUUUGUAGUUUGACCGUUUGAUUCAUAAUUGGAAAAGCCACGUGGCGGAGUUUCUAGGGAGCUCUAGACUGGCCUUAUUUGUGGCUAACAUUAAUUUACAAGAAAUUGCUAUGUAAUUUUCUUAUUUUUGGAA